AUGAAUAGUUUUAAGGAAACUGAUUUACCAAAGCAUCCUUGUUUAACAUUAAUUUCAAACUGUUUACAAACCUUGACAAUGAGAUGGGGUAGAAGAUUGAUCACUAUGGAGAAAACACUAGAGUUCAACCCAAUCGAUCAUGAUAAAUCAAAGCUUACUAAAUGGGAUUUGGGUCAAAUCGAACCACAACAUGGUGAUCUAAGAACCAAGGUAUAUCACAAGGCAACUGGCGAGAAAGAGAAAUCAAAGAAGCAACUAAAGAAAGAGAGAAAGAAGGAAGCAUUUGAACUGCUUAAACUAGAAAGAAAGAAUAAUAUUGCAAAUGGACAAAACAAAAAUAAUCAUCAUAAAAAUAAUCUAAAUAACAAUAACGAAAAUAAUGAUAGUAAUAAUAAUAAUAAUGAUAAUAAUGAUAAUAAUGAGACACCAACAACAACAACAACUACAAAUUUAAAUCUUUUAAGGGCCACUUUUGAAAAGUGGUCCAGUCAAGAUCGAUCUUCAAGUGAGGGAAAAGUAAAUUCUAGAUCAAAGAGGUAUGGUGAUGCAAUUUAUUAA